AUGCGCGAGCUCGUCCACAUCCAGGGCGGCCAGUGCGGAAACCAGAUCGGUGCGAAGUUCUGGGAGGUCAUCAGCGACGAGCACGGCAUUGACCCGACGGGAACUUAUCACGGAGACUCCGACCUUCAGCUAGAGCGCAUCAACGUGUAUUACAACGAGGCGACUGGAGGGCGCUACGUCCCUCGCGCGGUGCUGAUGGACUUGGAGCCAGGAUUCCAGAUGUGCCACUCCCUCGGCGGCGGCACCGGCGCUGGCAUGGGGACGCUGCUGAUCUCUAAGGCCCCGGUGGCUCUCGCAGGCGCGUGGCUGGUGUUCAUAGGUAUCGCGGUACUGGCAGGGUCCGCAGUGCUGCUGUGCAUUCUCGUGGCGCUCGCAGAACGCGGCGGCGCUGGCAGGGUGGUGGAGAACGUGCGCUUCAAAAUAUCAUGCGCCUGGCUCAUGGUUGGUUUCGAAGAGCUGGUGGAGAACGCGGACGAGUGCUUCCUGUUGGACAACGAGGCGCUGUACGACAUUUGCUUCCGCACGUUGAAGCUGACCACUCCGACCUACGGGGACCUCAACCACCUGGUGAGCGCGGCGAUCAGCGGCGUGACCACGUGCCUGCGCUUCCCGGGGCAGCUCAACUGCGACCUGCGCAAGAUCCAGAUGCGCACGCCACACCGCCGACCCCUUGGGUGCACUGGAUGCCUCCCGUCUGGGGUGCGUUGUCAUAGAAGCCUCUCGGUGCAUUGCGUUCAUGUGGAACCGUGCUCAAAACGGACCCUCUUGAGGGGCGUUUCUUUGGGUGGGUGGGUGGGUGGGUGGGGAAUUGGGCUCUCUUGGGGGCUUCUUGGGUUCUCUUCGGUUGUCUGGGCGCGUCUUGAAGUAUUUUUGGGUCUUCCUUGA